CCGUAACAGCUAUUUUUAUAACCUAAAUUAGUCACCUAUCGUAGUUAAAUGAAAAAGUAACCAGAGUUUGUUGGAAACUAUUACAAAAUUUGUUUUAUGCAGACGUCCUUGAGAGUCUUUGCUACAGUCCAGUAUUUGAGAUAAGGUAUCAUUGACCGUUAAGACUUUGCGACAUUCGGACCCCAGCAAUUGGAGCUUUACCUUCCUAUCACUACAGUUCAGUUACUUAGCUACGAAACUCUACCAAAGAUGGCGAGCAUAAUCAACUGGUAUAGAGAUCUUAUGGACAAUAGAAGCGACCCGCGAGUAAAAGAUUGGCCCAUGAUGUCUUCGCCAUGGCCGACGUUGGCAAUCUGCAUCGGAUACGCUAUAUGUGCAAGAAAGAUUGGCCCGAGCCUCAUGGCCAACCGCAAACCGUUUGAGCUGCGACGAGUUCUCAUCUUCUAUAAUUUGGCUCAGACCAUUUUCAGCGCAUGGAUAUGCUACGAGUACCUAAUGAGCGGCUGGUGGGGCCACUACAACUACACGUGUCAACCUGUCGAUUAUUCACGCAGCCCUAUGGCUAUGAGGAUGGCUCAUACGUGUUGGUGGUACUACUUUAGCAAGUUCACGGAGUUCGCGGACACGCUGUUCUUUGUGCUGCGCAAAAAGAACGAACACGUGUCCACGUUGCACGUCAUCCAUCAUGGUAUCAUGCCCAUGUCUGUCUGGUUCGGCAUGAAAUUUGCUCCAGGUGGUCACAGCACAUUCUUCGCACUGCUGAAUACGUUCGUGCACGUGGUUAUGUACUUCUACUACAUGGUCGCCGCGAUGGGCCCGGAGUAUCAGAAAUACAUUUGGUGGAAAAAGUACCUUACCGCCUUCCAAAUGAUUCAGUUCGUGAUAAUCUUCACCCACCAGCUGCAAGUAUUAUUCAGGCCGUCGUGCACGUACCCUCACGUGUUCGUCUACUGGAUUGCUAUGCACGGGUUCUUAUUCCUCUUCCUCUUCAGCGACUUUUACAAGGCGCGGUACAACAAGCAGCAAGCAGCUGGGAAACGACCAUUUCCCAAUGGACUUUGCAUGGUGGUGCCAGACGAAACUAGUUCACUUAACGGCAAGAACGGUUAUAAGCAAGAAGGUUCCGAAGUGCCGAAUUCAUACGCGUCAUCAUCGGCGGACGCGUUCGUGCGCCGGCGACCUAUCUCAUAGUGCCCAAGUGACCUGUAGUUUUAGCAUUUUAGAAACCGUCGCGAGCCUUCCACAGAGGCUUCCAACUGCCUCUCUGAGACUGACGUUCCUGAUGGGACAUCCUUGCGCGUAGUGCAUUUUGACAAUUGACCUUGGUUAUUACAGUCGUAGCAUUUUGGAAGGGGUCUUCUGUUUAAUGCGAAUUAAAGUGCCGAUUCUGGAAGUGGCUUAAGUAUCAUACAGGCACUCCAGCGGAGUCUUGUAAAGAGUAUAUAGAAGACGCCAGAAUAUUGCUGCGACUGCGCUACGCCCGACCACUCCCAAAAGAUCUGAGCGUCCUUCUCAAUUCAACCAACUGAAUCAAAGAGCUAUUUACGUCUUUAUUUGUAUUGUAAUAAAACACAAUAUUUACUUGAAUAAUAAUGAAUAUUGUGUUGGAUCUACUUAAGUAUGAUUUAAUUGUCUUCAAUAUAAAGUGGUUAAAUGCACAAAGUAAAGUCACCUUCUUGAAUGCCUUCUAAUGUUAGAAGCAUAAGUGAGUAUUUGUUCUAAUGAGCGUUUGUUAUCGAGUAAAUGGUAUUUGAUUUUAGUAUGGCGUGGUAUAUUGCGUUUGGCAAUAAUUAAGCGUAUUUUGAGUUAAAUGUGUGUUAUGUGCUAAUCAUACUAAUUUUACUAUUUAGGCGAAAGUAAGAAGGGCAUUUUGUAUUGUGUUGUAUAUAUAAUCUACAAUACUUAUUGAAUAGCUUAAUCAUUUAUUUAGAUAUACUGAAGAAUAAUGGCGUUAUGUAAAUAUAAUUUUAUUACGAAGUCGUAGAACGCAAAUCAAUGAAUUAUGUUACCAAACAGUUGCUUGUGUCCAGUGUCGGUCGAGUACAGUAUUUUACUAUUUUUACAUUCGCAUUUGCAUACUUUGUGCUCAAAAUAUUUGUUUCCUUUCUACAAUUAUUCUUAGUCUUGUUGUUAUUUUUCUUAGUUACAUUUUUUAUUAUUAUUUUUACCUCGCUGUAAAAAUAAUAAAAAUGAAAAUUUUCUUACAUUCUUAUUCAUUCAAAUCUACUAUU